AUGCCCAGCUUUGCAUCGCCUGCAUCCACCUGCUUAAACAUUACGCUUCGGGGUUAUAUCUGGCCGAGAGCUCAAGUCACAUAUUUAAGGAACGCGACGCGCCUGUCCAUCACCAAAAAUUCUCGACCUUUCGCAACGCAAUUCAACCCGUCAGACCGUGUCCCGAGCCGCCCCAUCCCCCGCCAGCUCCAGCCCACAUUCUCCAAGGCCAACAUGAGCAGCCAGCGCGUCCCAAUCGAAUCCCAGCGCGUGGACGCACCGCUGACCUCGUCGGCGACCUUCCUCGUUCUAUCAGCGACCGAUAAGGAAGACUCCAUCAGCACAAUUCGGUCCGUCCUCGCUAGCCUGGACGAUCUCGCCAAGAAUGUCUCCAUUCGCGACUUGAAUGCCCAAUUCGCUUGCACGGUCGGCAUUGGCAGCGAUAUAUGGGACCGGUUGACCGGUUUGCCUAGACCUGCAGAGCUUCAUCCGUUCAAGGAGAUCAAGGGCAACAAGCACACCGCUGUCUCAACGCCUGGAGAUUUGCUGUUCCAUAUCCGAUCGGAGCGACGGGAUAUUUGCUUCGAGUUUGAGAGGCAAUUGAUGGAUCAGCUUGGUGAUUCGGUGUCUCUAAUUGAUGAGACAGUCGGAUUCCGAUACUUUGAUGUCCGCGAUCUUCUCGGUUUCGUUGACGGAACGGCCAACCCCGUCGGGCCAGCUGUGCCCUCGUCCGUCCUCAUCGCAGAGGAAGAUACAUCCGCCCAAGGAGGCAGUUACAUCGUGAUCCAGAAAUACGUGCACGAUCUAGAGUCCUGGAAGUCUCUGCCGACGGAAACACAAGAAAAGAUCAUUGGACGAACUAAGCUUGAUAAUGUGGAACUCGACGACGCCGAGUCUGGACAGCGAUCGCACAAAACCCUCAACACGAUUGAAGACGAGAAUGGCAAUGAACAUGAUAUCUUACGCGAUAACAUGCCAUUUGGAUCGCCUGGUUCAGGCGAAUUCGGCACGUAUUUUAUUGGGUAUACGCGCCGGUUGUGGGUUAUUGAGAAGAUGUUGGAGCGCAUGUUCGUUGGCCAUCCUCCUGGCCUCCACGAUCGAAUUCUGGAUUUCUCUACGCCGUUGACGGGAACGACAUUCUUUGCUCCAUCGGCGAGUCUACUAGCAAGCUUGGAUUCGGAUUAA